AUGGAGCGCACCGGGGGCCGUCGUCCCUCUUUCGUUUCCCGUUUUCUCUCUUCGUCGUCCUCCGCGAUGAUUGUCUUCGCUUCCCCUCUCUGCACGUUCCUGGUCCUCUGUCUCGUCCGUAGUUCUUUAGAAGUCUCGCUGGCAUCGCCUUCGUUCUCAGAUGUAUGGACACCGGAUCCGUCUCCUUCUCGGGCGUGGUCAGGUUGGAGAGAUGCCGCGUCGGCCGCACCCGAAGCUGAAUCGUCGUUUUCUCUCCCCCCCUCUGUGUUUUCACUGGAAGACGAGAACGACGUUCCUGCAGUCUCUUCCUCGUUCUCGCCAUUUCAUGUCGCCCACCGGUCACUGGGCGGAUUUCCUGCUUCUCGGAAGCUGCAAACAGACCGCCGCUUCCCUCUGCAUCGCGCGAGUCCAGCCAGCUGGCUCGCGCUCAGCGAGGACAAGGACGACGACGGAGGCGACUCCGAGAGCGAAGACAAGGAGGUCCCAGCGGAGGGAGACAAGACCGAAGAAGAGAAGUCCGCUGGCGAUGAGCCUGACGCCGAGGAAGAUUCCGACGAGGCCCCCGAGAAACAGGAGGGAGCGCCAGAAGAGGAGGGCGAGCUGAAGGAGGAGGAAGUGCCGGCCGCGGCUGAGCAAGGAGAAGGAAAGGAGGAAGGCCAGCUUUCCAAUCCGGAGCCUGAUGCCACGCCGGCAAGGGCGCCAGAGGGGGAGGCAGAGGCGAAACCAGAGGCUGCUAAGCCAACCGCACCACAAGCAACACCUGAGGAACUCACCAAAGAAGGCACAGAAGCUGCCAAAGCGAAUGAAGGCUCAGUAAAAGAUGAAGAACCGAAGGAGAGCGAGACGCCAGAGGAGUCGAAAGACGGGGAAGAAAACUCCGAAGACAACCAGGGUGACGAGAAAGCUGAAGAGCCGGAGGGAGAAGAGAAGGCGACAGAGAGUGCGGAAGAAGGAGAAAACGCCGAGGGCAGCCAGGAUGAGGAGAAUGCAGAAGAGUCGAACAACGGAGGAGGGAAGGCUGAAGAAGAGCCUAAGGAGGGAGAGGAAACGAAAGAAGGAGGUGGCGACGAGGCUACAGAGAACAAGAGUGAACAGGCGGAGAGCCAGACUGUUGCUGCCUCUCCAGCAGCGGGCAGCGAAGCUCCUUCUGCUGAGAAUGCCGAGACAGCGGAGGAAACGAAGACCAGCGCGCCCGAUGUGCAGGCUGUAGAGUCCGAGCCCCAGGGCGGGCAGCCCUCCUCUCAGACGGCCGCGGAGGCAUCUGAGGCCGCCGCCUCAGAGACGCCACAAGCAGAGGGCACAGAGCCGGAGAGUCUAAAGCCGGUCGCCGAGGGAGACGAUGAAGGGCAGGGACCGGCGAAAGAAGAACCGGAGGCUGGAGAGGCAGAGGGUUCAGAGUCUGCGGGCGAGGAGGAACCCGAGGAAGGCAACGCAGAGGCAGCUGUAGGCGAGUCUUCCGAACCUGCAGACAAGGAGACAGAAGCCGCCCGCAGCGAACCUCCAGCGGCGCCUGUCGCCCGUGACCAGAAGGUAGACGCGGCAGAAAAGCCCGAGGGAGAGGUAGAAGCAGCAGAGAAAACCGAGGGAGUGGAAGAAGCAGCAGAGAAACCCGAGGGAGAGGGAGAAGCAGCAGAGAAACCCGAGGGAGAGGGAGAAGCAGCAGAGAAACCCGAGGGAGUGAAAGAAGCAGCAGAGAAACCCGAGGGAGAGGGAGAAGCAGCAGAGAAACCCGAGGGAGAGGGAGAAGCAGCAGAGAGACCCGAGGGAGAGGGAGAAGCAGCAGAGAAACCCGAGGGAGAGGGAGAAGCAGCAGAGAAACCCGAGGGAGAGGGAGAAGCAGCAGAGAAACCCGAGGGAGAGGGAGAAGCAGCAGAGAAACCCGAGGGAGUGGAAGAAGCAGCAGAGAAACCCGAGGGAGUGGAAGAAGCAGCAGAGAAACCCGAGGGAGUGGAAGAAGCAGCAGAGAAACCCGAGGGAGAGGGACAAGCAGCAGAGAAACCCGAGGGAGAGGGAGAAGCAGCAGAGAAACCCGAGGGAGAGGGAGAAGCAGCAGAGAAACCCGAGGGAGAGGGACAAGCAGCAGAGAAACCCGAGGGAGAGGGAGAAGCAGCAGAGAAACCCGAGGGAGUGAAAGAAGCAGCAGAGAAACCCGAGGGAGAGGGAGAAGCAGCAGAGAAACCCGAGGGAGAGGGAGAAGCAGCAGAGAAACCCGAGGGAGUGGAAGAAGCAGCAGAGAAACCCGAGGGAGUGGAAGAAGCAGCAGAGAAACCCGAGGGAGUGGAAGAAGCAGCAGAGAAACCCGAGGGUGAGGGAGAAGCAGCAGAGAUACCCCAGGGAGAGGGACAAGCAGCAGAGAUACCCCAGGGAGAGGGAGAAGCAGCAGAGAAACCCGAGGGAGAUGAGCAGGCUGCCUCUGAGGCGUCGGCGGCGCCUCAAGAAGCGAAGCCACAGGAAGCUGAAGCCGCGCCUGAGAGAGGCGACGCGGAAUCCGGAGCGGCCGCGGGCGAGAUAGCGGGUGAAGCAGAAAGAGACAAAGAGGCAGCAGAGCAGGAGGCGUCAGCCUCCACGGAGGGAGGCGAGGCCAAGGCGGACCAAGCGGCUGCGGAAGGCCCGCCGACUCCCUCGCAAGGCGCGCCUGCGGCGGAUGUGCAGGUUGGUCCUGAAGAGACAGGAGAGGUGAAGGAAGGCUGCUACUUCACGCGGAGAAGAGAAAUCGAAGCGGAGGCGAAGGCGCUCUUGGCGGUUUGCGAGAAGAACGACAACUUCACCAAAGUUGAUCGUGGCUUCUGCGACGAGCUGUUUAGGAGAAUCGACGGGCCCUACACCGUGGGCGAUGUCUCCGCGCUGCUUCGCGCUGCCGAUGCGGCGAACAACAUCAGCCGUAACUUCCGCUUCUGCCGCGCCACUGCAGCGAGCAGUCCGCCACGCGUGCGAGAGGGCGACAGCGUGAUCCACGCGGCGAUCGCGGCCUCGAAGCCGCGUGUCGUGGAGGUGCUUCUGCAGUAUGGCGCCUUCCCCAACAUCGAGGCCUUCCCCGUGUCUCCCGAGGUUGCUCUACGAACGGGAAUGCGGCCGCUGCACUACGUCGCGCGGUUUCAGACGCUGGAGAACUACGAGACGCUGUUCCUGCUGCUGCAGUAUGGCGCCAAAAUCGACGCCCGAGAUGUCGGCGGCCGCACACCGCUGAUGAUCGCCGCGCGGUCUGCUCGCCCGCACGCCAAGCUCUUCGCGAGGGCCCUUAUUGAGCACCAGGCAGACGUCAACGCGAAAGACAAGGCGGGUUUGUCAGCCUUGCACUACGCGGCGAAGGCGAACUCGAAGAAGAUCGUCAAGCUCUUGAUCAACCGCGGCGCGACUGUGAUGGCGGCGGACAUCCGCGGGAACACGCCUUUGCACUACGCCGCAGCCUUCAACGCGCCCAAGGCCCUCGAUGCGCUUUUCGCCCUGGCAGACAACAUCAUCGACAUCAACGCAGCCAACAAGCAUGGCAAGGCGCCGAUUCACCUGGCGGCCGCACCGUGGUCUUACGACGUGGUUCCUGCGAGCCUCGCGCCGCCACUAGCUCUCGAGGUGCUUCUCGCGCACCAUGCCGACCCCGUUGCCCGCGACGCGCACGGGAACACGCCGCUGAUGGAUGGAGUCAUCGGCGGGUACUUGGAGAUCGUCAAGCGGCUGCUGCAAAUCGCCAAAGUCCCGCUCGACGACAAAAACAAGGACAACAAAACUGCGCUGGACCUUGCGCGCGACACCUCCGAGCGCAACGGCGACGAGCUUGUCGCAUACCUAAAGGCCGUCGGCACAGGGCCCUAUUGUCCUUUCAUUCCUCGCGUUCCGAACUCGACGCACGUCUUGUCUGACACACAGCUGGGCUCCUUCAUGCGCGUGGGCGACACGGUGACCUACGAGUGUCACACCGGCUUCCAGUUGCUGGGUCACUCGACGAUCACCUGCAUGACCCGCGACGGCGCGCCGGAAUUUGUUCCGGAGCCUCCUAUCUGCAGUCCCUUGGCCCUGGCCGCUGGAGUCUCUCUCUCUGCCUGGCCCGCUGGCCUCGCGAUGGCCGCUGUUUUCGCAUCACUGCCGCUCGCGCAGGUCGCCUGGUAG